UACUGCAAUUUGAUUGGUUGAGUUUUCCCAGGUGCCAGAUUCUUUCGCAAGGCAUGCUGGGACGUUGGUGUUGCAACCUACACAAAAAUGGAAAGGGACCUGUGCACUGCGCUACAGGUGGCUGCAUCCACUGACACUGAUCAUGCUGUGAUAAGAAGACUGACAAUAGUCUUAUGCAGGAGCUUGUAAACUGCCCUAAAAUCAUUCCAGAUCCAGAGUUUGGACAGGAGAUACAGAUUUGUCAAUGAGUGUUUGCAUUAACUGCCCCUUGAUUAGACUAUCAGUUCCAAAGAUGGAGAAUUGUUGAUGUCAGAGAUCAUUAAACAGAUGGAACAGUGGUGUGCAGUCGCUGGGUGUGAUAUUCUGCCUGCCUGAUACCGAUGGCUGAGCCAGCUGACAAACCUGAAAGUAACCUGACUGAGUCUCCUGAUGCAACAGAUGCGCCAGAAGAAAUGGAGAUGAAGGAAAUAUUCCAGGAGAAGCCGGCCUCCAGCCAUACCAUCCACCCUGACGGCAAUGAGAGACCCCCCAUCAGUCACAAUGUGUUUGGGAAGAUCCCAAAGAGAUACAUUGUGGCAUUCAUGGCCUUCCUUGGCUUCUGCAAUGUGUAUAUGUUGAGGGUGAAUCUUAGUGUGGCAAUUGUUGCCAUGGUCAGCAACAUGUCCGUGGAACAUGAAGAUGGCAGUGUUACUUAUAUUCAAGAAUUCAAUUGGGAUUCAAAAGUACAAGGGAUGGUGCUAGGAUCCUUCUUCUAUGGUUACAUAGUCACACAGAUCCCUGGGGGGUGGCUGGCAACAAAGUUUGGUGGCAAGGUGCUGUUUGGAGGGGGGAUAGCUAUGACUGCACUACUGACACUCUUCACCCCCCUAGCAACUAAGGGGGGUGCCUACGCUCUCAUGGGUAUGAGAAUAGUGGAGGGACUGUUUGAGGGAGUGACAUAUCCAUCUAUCCAUGCCAUAUGGAAGAACUGGGCUCCACCAUUGGAAAGGAGCCAGCUUGCUACAGCAGCCUUCUCAGGAUCCUAUGUAGGAACUUUCCUGUGCCUACCCAUUUCUGGUGUGUUGGCGCAGCAUGUGGGCUGGCCCUCUAUCUUCUAUGUCUUUGGUGCUCUGGGCUUGGUUUGGUUUGUUGCAUGGUGGUUCAUUGUGACAGACUCUCCUGCUACCCACUCCACCAUCUCAUACCAAGAGCUGGAGUACAUCACACAGACUAUCACCAUAGAGGGGGGAGUGGCCAAGGAAGGCUCAGUGCCCUGGAAGAAAGUGCUAACAUCAGGCCCAGUGUGGGCCAUCCUGGUGGCACACUUCUGUGAGAACUGGGGGUUCUACACCAUGCUGACCAGCCUACCUCUCUUCCUGCGGCAGAUAUUCCACUAUGACCUAGCUGAGGACGGUGUCCUUUCUGCAUUGCCAUAUUUGGUUAUGGCUGUGGUUGUGAUGGGUAGUGGCCAGCUUGCUGACUUCCUGCGCCAGCGACAAUUACUGUCUACCACUGCAGUCCGGAAGACAUUCAACUGUACAGCCUUUGUGAUUCAGGCCAUUUUCAUGACAGCGGUGGGCUUCACCCAUGAUGCAGUGGCAGCCAUAUCGUGUCUGACAGUUGCCAUCGGUGUAGGAGGGCUGGCAUGGUCGGGCUUCAGUGUCAAUCACCUGGACAUAGCUCCACAGUAUGCCAGUCUGUUGAUGGGUGUGUCCAACUGCAUAGCAACCAUCCCUGGUAUCGUCAGCCCCUCUGUGGUGGGACAGCUUGUGCAACACAAGCUGGCCACAGAGUGGGAGAUGGUGUUCUUCAUUGCUGCAGGAGUCUACCUGUUUGGUGCUAUCAUCUACGCAGUCUUCGCUUCUGGUGAGCUGCAGCCCUGGGCAGAGGGCAGUGUGCAGUAUGUGCUGUGUUCUGAUGAUGACUACUCAGAGGCAGAUAAAGAAGGGAUGAUACCAGAUGAAGAAGAAGAGCAGGAUGAGAAGAGGGAGACUGGUGAUGGAAAGGAAGAUGACAAAGAGACUUCAGAUUCAGAUUUUGUCAAUUUGGAAAAUGAAAUAGAGUCAGAGGAUACGGUUGAAAAAGAGACAGCUCCAAAACUGACUGGCAACGAAGCAAACCAAUCAUCCAAAGAGGAGAUUUAAAGGGACCAAUCACAAACAUUGUUCCAACCAGGAUUAUGGAAUCCUCUUGAAUUUAUCUAGUGUGUGUUCCAAAGAGCUCAGUGACAUAACUACAAUGAUGAUGUAAUGUUAAGAUUUUAUUUGUUCAAGAGUUUAUGGAUUUUUCAUGUUAUUUAUUCAUUGUUUGUCACAGUAUUGUUUUAUGAGGAAAUAUCUAUUGUUUUUUCAAGUAUAUGAUAUACCUUUUGACAUGUAUUGUCCGAUUGUGUUUGCUCGGCUGUUCUUUAUUCCUUGUUUCAAUUAGAUAGACUUGUUUAAGUUUCUACUUCCAAUGUAACGUUGCAAAGUGAUUCUCCUGCUGACAUAGGACAGCUUGUCACAUGGCAAUUAGGAACAGAUAAGGAGAAGAACUGUACAGACAGGACAAGGGUGUGCAGCUGCUACUCAGGUUUCAAUGCACACUUCUUAUCAAAGGAGUCAGGAGGUACAUUUGUGUCCAUCCUUGUAAGUGGCUCAUUAGAGAUGUGUACUCUCUAACCAUGGUCUUUUCUUCACCAUCCCCUACUUGACAUGGCCAUUGUACCAGCCACUCUUCAUCCAAACUAUUUUGAGCAAUUCUGUUUGUGAUAAGCACAUGACUUCUACAAGGAUCUCUUCUGAUACUUUUAUUCAGCAAAACUUCUGCACAUGUUGACUCAGUUCAAAUGUUAUUGCCAAACCCAAGAAAGUAUACUGUAUGUAAGUGAAGAUAACGGAUAAAGAAAUGUGGUUGCAGACCAAAGAUGUGCAUGUUUUGUUGUUCUUCUGUCUGCUAGUCAAGGUGGCAUUUAAGUAGAAUCAGCUGGAAACAUAUCAUAUCAGAGCUGUUUAUUAUGGAUAUUUCACUACACAUUUUAAUCAAGAACAUAUGUGACAUGAAAUUUUACUUGUCUUUUGUGAAGUCAGAAGUUGUUUGAGUUAUUCUUAUUUGUGCACGUAACAUGGAUACGUUGUUCAUGAGUAAGAUGGUAUUUCAGCACCACGGACAUGCACAGUGUAUUGACUGCGACAGCGCAGUUGUCUCAGCCCCGUUUUCUCCUGUCCAUCGGCGCGCUCU